AAGCAGAGAUCAUCCUGUCCCUCUUCUCUUCUGGCAGGCUGCACGGGCAGAGAGAGAGAGAGAGAGGGAGAGAGGGAGAAGCAGAGAAUGAAGCUCCAUGCGAAACUAAAAUAGCUUAAAUCUGAACCAAAUUACAUUAUCAGAGGGGGAGGGAUUUUUAGGGGGAAGUGUCCAAUCCAGGGAGUGAAAUUCGCUUUCACGGUGCAGCAGAAGCAGCAGCAGCAAGGAGGGAUCCAAACAAACAUUAUCCAGGAUGGGGAACCGGGGCAUGGAAGACUUGAUCCCUCUGGUCAAUCGCAUGCAAGAUGCCUUCGCAGCCAUCGGCCAGAACGCCAACCUGGACCUUCCCCAGAUCGCCGUGGUUGGUGGUCAGAGCGCAGGGAAGAGCUCAGUGCUGGAGAACUUCGUGGGAAAGGACUUCCUCCCCCGUGGUUCUGGCAUCGUCACCCGCCGCCCUCUGGUCCUGCAGCUCAUCAACUGCCCCACAGAAUAUGCUGAGUUUUUGCACUGUAAGGGGAAAAAGUUCACCGAUUUCGAUGAAGUGCGACAGGAGAUCGAGGCAGAGACGGAUCGCCUCACCGGGCAGAAUAAAGGCAUCUCUCCGGUGCCAAUUAACCUGCGUGUUUACUCUCCUAAUGUACUGAACCUGACUCUGGUGGACCUGCCGGGGAUGACCAAAGUGCCGGUGGGUGACCAACCGGCGGACAUUGAGCACCAAAUCAAGGACAUGCUCAUGCAGUUUGUCACUAAGGAGAACUGCCUGCUGCUGGCUGUGUCUCCUGCCAACUCUGAUCUCGCUAACUCCGACGCUCUAAAGGUUGCCAAAGAAGUCGACCCGCAAGGCCUGCGCACCAUCGGUGUGAUUACCAAGCUGGAUCUGAUGGACGAAGGGACAGACGCUCGUGAUAUUCUGGAGAACAAGCUGCUGCCGCUGCGCAGAGGCUAUAUCGGCGUGGUGAAUCGCAGUCAGAAAGACAUUGAUGGGAAGAAGGACAUUAACGCUGCGAUGGCGGCAGAAAGGAAGUUUUUCCUGUCCCAUCCAGCCUACAGACACCUUGCAGAUCGCAUGGGAACUCCUUACCUGCAGAAAGCGCUCAACCAGCAACUCACCAAUCACAUCCGUGACACGCUGCCAGGGCUGCGCAGUAAGCUCCAGAGUCAGCUGCUGUCCAUUGAGAAAGAGGUGGAAGAGUACAAGAACUUCCGCCCAGACGACCCGUCCCGCAAGACCAAGGCCCUACUGCAGAUGGUGCAGCAGUUCUCUGUGGAUUUUGAGAAGCGCAUUGAGGGCUCCGGUGACCAGAUCGACACUUAUGAGCUCUCAGGGGGUGCCAGGAUCAACCGCAUCUUCCACGAGCGCUUCCCUUUCGAACUGGUCAAGAUGGAGUUUGACGAGAAGGAGCUACGCAAGGAGAUCAGCUACGCCAUCAAGAACAUUCACGGCAUCAGGACGGGCCUGUUUACCCCUGACCUGGCCUUCGAGGCCAUAGUGAAAAAGCAGAUCCAAAAGCUGAAGUCUCCCUCGCUGAAGUGUAUAGAUAUGGUAGUGAGUGAACUGACCUCCACCAUACGAAAGUGUAGCGAAAAGCUGGCCCAGUACCCCAUGCUGCGAGAGGAGAUGGAACGAAUCGUCACACAGCAUAUCCGCGACCGUGAGAGCCGCACCAAGGACCAGGUGAUGCUGCUUAUUGACAUUGAGCUGGCCUACAUGAACACCAAUCAUGAAGACUUCAUUGGAUUUGCCAAUGCCCAGCAGAGAAGCAGCCAGAUGAACAAGAAGAAGGCAGCUGGCAACCAGGGCCAGGAUGAGAUCAUGGUCAUCAGGAAGGGCUGGCUGACCAUCAACAACAUUGGCAUCAUGAAGGGAGGAGCUAAGGAGUACUGGUUUGUGCUGACGGCCGAAUCGCUGUCCUGGUACAAAGAUGAUGAGGAGAAAGAGAAGAAGUACAUGUUGCAGGUGGACAACCUGAAGCUGAGAGAUGUGGAGAAGAGCUUCAUGUCCAGCAAGCACAUCUUCGCCCUGUUCAACACAGAGCAGAGGAAUGUGUAUAAGGACUACCGUCAGCUGGAGUUGGCCUGUGAGAGUCAGGAGGAAGUGGACGGCUGGAAGGCCUCUUUCCUGCGAGCUGGUGUUUACCCAGAGCGCGUGGUGGAGAAGGAUAAGAGCGACACCAGUGAAGAGAACGGCUCAGACGGCUUCAUGCACUCCAUGGACCCUCAGCUGGAGAGGCAGGUGGAAACCAUCCGCAACCUGGUGGACUCCUACAUGGGCAUCGUCAACAAGACCAUCCGCGACCUCAUGCCCAAGACCAUCAUGCACCUCAUGAUCAACAAUACAAAAGAGUUCAUUAACGCGGAGUUGCUGGCUCAGCUGUACUCGUGUGGAGAUCAGAACACUCUGAUGGAGGAGUCUGCGGAGCAGGCCCAGCACAGGGACGAGAUGCUGAGGAUGUACCACGCGCUCAAGGAGGCGCUCCACAUCAUCGGAGACAUCAGCACCAGCACUGUCUCCACCUCCCUGCCACCACCUGUGGAUGACUCCUGGCUACAGGUGCAGCGCACCGGCUCCGGUGGAAGAUCUCCAGCCACCAGUCCCACUCCUCAGAGACGGGCCCCUCCUCCGGGACCCCCGGCUCGGCCCAGUUCUCGUGGCUCCGCCCCUGGGCCCCCUGCCGCAGGGGGGCCGCCUGUGCCCUCUCGCCCCGGGGCCUCACCCGACCCAUUCGGAGGGCCACCACCUCAGGUCCCAUCCCGCCCUAACCGCGCACCCCCAAGCGUGCCCAGCCGACGACCCCCGGCCUCACCCACCCGACCAAUCAGAUCCACAGACUCCUCCCUCUUAGACUAUUAGCCCCUCCCACCACCGUGAAAGGCAAAGGAGACAGGCACGCCCACCUGGUCAAAACCCACCCCUUCAGUCCUCCUCUUCUUCGGACUGACCCCACUCGCUCUACUGCACUGCUACAAACACCAAUACACCUUCACGCACUACUGGAAUUAGAGAGAGCUACAAAAAAACAAGUGACUUAAACCCUCUGUCAGAAACGCCCGAGUAUGACCGGCUGACCGAUAUAUCAGUUUCGCUGA